AUGUGUGAACACCGAAUUAUCUGGCGCCACUGCACCACCUGUCGAAAGCGCGCUUCCAUUCCCCUCCGACACAACGUCAACUGCGAAAAUGUCAACAACUGGAAACUCGGCCUGUGCGCCACUGGUCUCCGCGAGCGCGAGAUUGAAGAACAUGUGGAAUGCAUAGGCUGCCACAACAAACGGGUCUCCAAGGAGGCGAAAGAGCGGCAACGUUUGUGGGAGAAGGCUUGGCCUGGUCCUGAUCAGCUGGGUGAAUCGCGGGUGAAGGCUGAGAUGAAGAAUGCUGCUACACAAACUGUGGAAGAAUGGCCCAAGACGGCAGCGAGCAAGCAAGGUAUUCGCGGAGACGAAACCCCUGUGCCGAAUACUCGCGUUCAGAUCGUCUAUAAUGACGAUGAUGAGAAUGAGAAUCGCAGACAGAUGAGGUCGACGAAGGAGUAUCAAGACGGGGCGAAGAAUGUCUUCAACAAGCUCUGCAAAGCCUCUAUAAUUUGA